AUGGCCACGUUAGCCCUAUCCGAAAUACAAAACACCACUGGCGAGGUGGUCGAUAGGUACGGCAAUCCUAUUCAAAGCGGAGUUAGGUACUACAUUGUGCCUGCCAGAUCAAACUCCGGCGGCGGCGGCUUCACUGUCAUCAACUUCAACAACACGUGCCCUCUCAACGUUGGCCAGCAAUCCAACUACCAAGGGCUAGGCUUGCCGGUGACCAUCCAGCCAUACACCGGAACCAGCUAUGUGACAGAAAAUACAGACUCCACGUUGACGUUUAGCAUCAGCACAGUAUGUGGUCAAUCAGCAAGAUGGAUGGUGGGCCAGACGGACCCGAUAAGUGGAAGAAGGCUUAUCAUGGCUGGUGGUAGCUAUGGUAGUGGCAACUAUACGUACUAUUUUCAGAUUGUGGGGACACAGUUCCGAGGAACCUAUUACAUUCAAUGGUGUCCUACGGAGGUGUGUCCAUAUUGUAACUUAGAUUGUAGCUUUGUUGGUAAUAUGGUUCUGAAUGGGAUGCUUCUGGCAGCUCUGGAUGGUAAUGCUCUUCCUGUUCAGUUUCAGAGGGCAUAA